AUGGCCAUUGAUGCACUGCAAGAGCAAUCCACUCACCAAGAAAGAGCAGCCAUAGCUGUGCUGCAAGGAACUAUUGGAGAUCCUGAGGUGACUGGCGGCUGGGAUGACCUGGGCGCAGCAGUUCCCAAUGUUGCUUGUCAGUUGAAAAAUCAAAUCAUGGCUACCGCUGUCGCCGCCGCCGAUCCGCACUGCGCUGAAAGCGCCGACGCGGGCGGCGGGGUUGACGACGCUAUGAAGGGCGGCGCGGGCGAGGGCGCGAUCGUGUACGACGCGUACCGAUCGGAGGAGGCGGAUCUGGCGGCGGUGAUGCGGCUGGUGCAGUGCGAGCUGUCGGAGCCCUACUCCGUCUUCACCUACCGCUACUUCCUCCACCACUGGCCGCACCUCACCUUCCUCGCGCGCGCCCCGCACUCCGCCAGCCAGGACGGGGCUGAGGCGGCGGAGGGCGAGGCGGAAGGGCGGUGCGUGGGCGCGGUGGUGUGCAAGAUGGAGGCGGAGCGCGCCGUGCCGCGCGGGUACAUCGCGAUGCUCGUCGUCGCCAAGGAGUUCCGCGGGCGACGCAUCGCGACGAGCCUCGUGUCGCGGUGCAUCGAGGCGAUGCGCGACGCGGGAUGCGCGGAGGUGGUGCUUGAAGCGGAGGUGACCAAUGAGGGCGCACUGGCGCUGUACGGGAAUCUAGGGUUCAUACGCGCUAAGCUGCUGCACCGGUACUAUCUGAACGGCUCAGAUGCGUUCAGGCUGAAGCUGCUGCUGCCGUCGGCUGGCGAUUCGGUGGAGGAGGAGGAGGAGGAGGCGGCUGUGGCGGCUGCGAUGGGUGCUGGGGCGGGCGGGCUGGCUGCUGGCAUGCAGCGGGGAUGCUGUGGGCAUGACCAUGGGCACGGGCACGGGCAUGGGCAUGGGCAUAGUCAUUCGCAUGGGCAUGGUCAUUCCCAUGGUCACGGGCAUGGUCACUCGCAUGGGCAUGGUCAUAGCCAUGGGCAUUCACAUGGACACAAGCACAGUCAUGGGGACGCACAUGCACAUAGUCAUAAAGAUGAUGGCUGUUGCAGUGGCCACUCCCACUCCCAUGACCAUGGUCAUGGCCAUGCACACACCCACACUGAUGACCAUGCACAUGCCCAUGACCACACGAAUGCACAUGACCACGCGCACACAGAGCAGCAGCCCAAGGCACCAGCAACGCCAGAGCCCCAUGCGCAUGCGCCCACCCCCUCCUCUGCCUCUGAACCCACCAGUGCUGCCGCCAGUGCUGGCAGCAGCGGCAGCACAGAGGGGCGCAAGGCGGGGGCCAAGGGGCCGGCAGGGCGACGCAAGGGAAAGGGGGGCAAGGGAGGCAAGGGGAGAUGA